GAUUGGCUUGCAGCGGUGUCUCGCCCCUCCCUCCUCGCCCCCCACCUUCUCCUCAGCGGCGCGGGCAGACGAGAGGUGCGGGGUGCUCGUUAGGAAGCCGGCGGUGCGCUCCUCGGGGCUCAGCCACAGGGGAGAGGGCAGGGAGGCGAAGGACGAGAGGGCCGCAGCAGGGAUGAGGGGAGACUCCUACUUCUUUGGAAUGCGAGGCCUUGGUCACUACGGCUGCAUCCCAGAGGAUGGGGGACAGUUCUUGCUCUACUCUCUAAGUGGAGACAACGAUUUGAAGAGAUGUUUUGCAGAGGAAGAUUUUCAUGAAAUAAUUGACUUCAACGAUCUCCCAAAUUCUCUUUUUGCUUGUAAUGUUCACCAGUCUGUGUUUGAAGAUGAGGACAGUAAGGAAAAAUUUGAAGGCUUGUUCCGUGCCUAUGACGACUGUGUGACAUUCCAGCUGUUUAAAAGCUUCAGGCGUGUGAGGAUAAAUUUUAGUAGUCCCAAAUCAGCUGCUCGUGCCAGAAUAGAGCUGCAUGAAACACAGUUCAGAGGGAAGAAGUUAAAGUUGUAUUUUGCACAGAUUCAGACCUCUGAGACAGAUGGAGACAAGCUUCAUUUGGCACCACCACAGCCUGCAAAACAGUUUCUCAUCUCGCCUCCAGCCUCCCCACCUGUAGGGUGGCAACCAAUAGAUGAUGCAACACCUGUCAUCAACUAUGAUCUCCUUUACGCAGUUUCUAAGCUAGGACCAGGAGAGAAAUAUGAGCUGCAUGCAGGAACAGAAUCCACUCCCAGUGUGGUAGUGCACGUCUGCGACAGUGACAUGGAAGAAGAUGAGGACCCAAAGAAUUCGCCAAAGCCAAAAAUCAUUCAGACUCGACGCCCUGGUCUGCCACCUCCUGUAUCUAACUGAUCGUCUUCGGCAGAAGCAGCACUUCUCUCCUCCAGCACACCUCUUGGGUUUUGUUUGCUUUGUUUUGUUGAAAGGCAUCCAUUGCCUUUUGAGUACCAGGACAUUAAACUCAUUCAAAUCCCUUCACAGUAAUCAAGCCUAUGUAAUUAAAGGGCUAGGAAAAAGAUCUUUGUAUAUGUAACCAUAUCACACACCAACGAAUAGUUUUCUUUUCUGGAAAGGACAAAACAAGGCAGAACAAAACAAGGGAGUAGAUGAUUCAGUCUGAGGAUUUUUUCACAGCUGUAAUUUACAUGCUGAAACACAGCUACCAGAGAGAUCAUUCAGGGCGGGCAAUUAGUCUGAUACCAGGUUUGAUAUUCAGACUCCCAGAAUACUUGAUACUGCCCUUCAUAAAGCAGCCUGCUCCUCUGACCUCCUCAGUUCCACAGCAGACCUUUGAUUUUUUCUCUUUUUCCCUUUUGGUUUGGUUUGGUUUGAAGGAGGGUAUGUGUUGUUUAGAAUCUCCUAGCAGCUGGGUGUUUUUUUCAUCCCCCUGACAUUUUCUGUGAAGAAUACUACCUUUGCAACAUUUUUAGAAACAAGAGAAAUGCCCUUAUCCACCAACGGCUGUAGGGUACCCUGGCAGGGAUGUGAGACAGAGCUCUCUGGGCUGAGGGGGAGAAGCAGCAGCUUGCUGGAGAGUCUGGUGUGUUUCAGUCCUCUCUAAAGAGGAGGGAGCCAGAAUAUCAAUAGGAAUUGUCAUUCUAUCUUCCAUAAAGCUAUGAGUAGUACUUCUCUCUGAGUUUGAGGAAGAAAGAGGAGCUGACUGCUCAUUUUGGAUGGGAUUUAUUGCUCUCUGUCAUAGCUGUAAGUGCUAGCAACGAUGUAGGUUGAAUGCUUUGCUAGUGGUGUGUUGAGUAGCCCUGAAACCAUUAGUAAUUAAACAUACAUUUCUAAUAUUCAGACCUUUUCCCUCCCCAUUUCCUCUGAUAUCCUUUUUGAGCUGUAUGCAGUUUGGGUUUGUGGAGGUGAGGAGAGGACAGUUGGAUAGUUGGUGGGUUUUUGUUGUUGGAUUGUUUGUGGGGGUUUUUUUCUCUCUCUUGUUUUUUAGGCCAAAGAAAACAGGACCAUAAUCACACACUUGAAAUUAGACUGCAUGCAACUGAAUCCCCCUUUUCACUCUGCCCUGCAUGUUUCUUUCACUUGCAAUAUAUACUGGGUGACAAAAAUUGUUCUGUGUUCUCAUCAUGGCUGGCAGCAAACAGAUAGAGGAUUCCCUGUCUGGCAGACCUUCCCUGAUGAUUUUUUUUGUAAGGUGUACUUGUCAUUUUGAGAACAUCUUUUCUAGACCUUUGAGCUCAGAUUUUGCAUAUAUUUAAGCAUGCACUUAAUUUAUGCACAUGAGUAGUUCCACUGAAAUCAAUACCACAGGAAAGCGAGCGUACAUGCAAGAUAUGGCAGGGUCUUGAAGCUUAUUAGCUGCAGCUGUAUUCCCAAAGUGACUGUGAAAUGGCAUAGCCAGAUUCCAUGGUUUAAAAUCCUUUACAAGUGAAAACAAGUAAAUACAUCUCGGAAGCUCAUUACUGGAUCUAAAAAGUCAGCUUAGGUUCUGUAAUCAAGAUUUUUGUCGUAAAACCUAAUGAUCUGGUUUCUGAGGGAGGGUUCCAUUCCACCCUUAGUUAGCAUCCUUAAAAGCUCCCUUAGAGUCAAACCUUCUUUGCUCUGCAGUACUUCCAGGAGAAAAGCAUUUCUCUUUUUUGGUGAAGACAAGAGACGCUAUUCUCAACGUGCAUCACAGUAUCGUCAAGGUUGGAAGAGACCUCAUAGAACAUCAAGUCCAACCCUUUACCACAGAGCUCAAGGCUAGACCAUGGUGAGGACGUUCUUAGAAUGAGGACUUAAGAGUCUCCUUAUAGUUCAUUCUCUCAACACCACUGCCCCCUACUAAUAUUCCUGUCAAGAUGUAGUGCUUUACUUAGCAUAUAUCUAUAAUGUAGUACUCUUUACUGCAUUAUGGACAUCGUCAUGUGUGUCUGUUACACUAAGAGAAGCACAGCAAAUACAGCAGAGUCUGAACAAACAAUGGGGCUUUAGUAUUUUAAGGAGACUUAUGUAAAGUUGUCAUAAAGUAACUCUGCAAAAAUUUCACGUCAGUUAUUUCCUAAGUGAUGCAUUAAAUCAAUUGUCACUACCCUACUACUUGAUAUUCCUGUUGAGAACACUGUCAUAGGCCAUCAUAUUUCAGGAGUACCACCACUGCCUUUUUGGAGAACACAGUGAAUGCCAAGGUCCAUGGGGUUUAGAGCAGUGUAAACAGGAAGAAAGGUUUAAAUGCAUAAGGAUUUUUUGCUGAUAUAUGCUGUAUGGAAGAAAUUACAGACCACAUCCUCCACUGAUAUAAACAACAGAAAUCAUCUCCUAUCAAAGUGGGUAUGCUGGAGUUUUUUACAUGCAAAACUGUUGGCAACCAAAUCUAAUCCUUGAAUCCAAGUCCUCAAACUUUCCAAAGAUACGAUUCUGAACUACAGAUUUUGUCCUCAAAUGAUGUCAAACUACACUGCAAAGUGAAGAAGUGGAUCUUCAAUGUUCUUUGCUCAAAGUGCACUUUCAGAUAGAUUUAAAAACCUGCCCCAUUCAGUGACUGCUCUUGGUCUUUGUAAAAGCUAUAUAGCACUACUCAGGAGGGAGCUGUUGUUUAAAACACAGAAAUAGAAACACAACUACAAAGUUGAAAACUCAAAAGCAGCUAUGGUCAGAGCUUGUGACCUUUAUAUGAUAAAAUAACAGUUAUCAUAGAAAAAUAUUUCAGGUAUUAUGAAAUAAAGCCCCUCUCAUAAAAGUAACUUUAUUUGUGACUCUUAAGAGAACCUGGUAUUUUGCUAAAGGCUGGUUCUUGCCUGGCAUGGAAGAAAGGCUUCCUUCAAAAGAUGGUGACUAUGUGGAAGAGUAACUUCCCCAUUUAACUCCGGAACUCACAGAGCCAAGCCCCUACUUACUUCACUGGGAACUUUCUAUUGUGUAGCAUCUAUGAGCUCAGUCCCUCUGAACUGCACUUUCCACAGUGCUAAAGUAUAUAUACUCCAUUAUAUCAUAAUACUAUAAAUAAGACUGAAAUCUCUGUGUUACGCUACAGGUUCUGAUGCACAGUGGCACAGACAAUGUCUUUUUAAUCUCCUUUCCACAGCUGGAACCUGCGGGAAUUGCUGGUAGCAAUGCCCUAGGGCCCUCCACUGGGUGGACAUUCCUCCUGCUUCUGCUGAUUGGAAAUUAAAGAAGGAAAUCAGGGGAGUGCAGUUGCUCUUUCAGUUGCCCAUUGCCUGCUUGUCCUUUCUGACUUCUUCAGAUAUGAACGUUUCAAUGUAGAAAAAACCAAACGUAAAAGUUGUAAUGGCUUCCUAAAUCUAGAUAAAAGGCAUGAAAACAACUACAACACAUGGAGAAAAGGUGUUUUGCAGUCUGCUUUUUCUGAACAAAAGAUCAAAGAAUUUUUGUGGCCUUGAUUUUUGUAUUUAAGCCAAGGCAGUACAAAUUCCUCUCAUCCUAACAUACGCUCAAAUACACUUCGUUUUCAGCAAGAAAACAUGACAAGAGCAUCCCUUUCUCUACCGUAACGACUACAAACAGAGCCAUUGCCAAGUGCUUUGUAUUCUAAAGACGUCUCCAUAGAUAAAUCGUUUAGCAUUUAUUUGAUCCUAAAUUGGGUGGGAGGGGUGGGUUGUUUUCAUUUUGAUAUUUCCCCCUCCCCCCAUUCUCUCCUGUUUAGCAACAGCAAGAAAAGUUUGCUGCAAAGAGACUGCUCUUGGUACAGAGCAAGGGGGUCGAUAAUAGUGGUAUGUCUGAGCACUGUGACAGGUUACGUUAACGUCUCCAUUCUGUUGUACAGGCUUUUGAGAUACUCUGUUUAGUCAUAUUUUGUAGGAGUAUUAAGAAGCUAUUGGCUAAUUAAUCACUUUUACACGUGUACAAUUCCGAGCUUAGUUUUAAAAAGAAAUAAAUGCAGCAAACAUUGGGUUUGUGUUCUGCUUGCACUGGAAAAACAAAGUAUUAAACUGUAUUAAUGAACUGCCUCGUGUGGCACCUACCACUGCUCUCUUAACUGAUGGAACUGAACGUGCUUGAAUGUGGGACUCUGUUUCAGUAGAAAUUAGGGGAAACAAAUAGUCCUCCUACUGGCAGGAUAUGCCAUGUUCCAUUUUAAACUGCUGAAGCUUCACAGUCAUGUGAACUUGCCCUGGUUUGCAGUAGACUUGGAUAGGUGUGCCCUCCAAAACAAUGCAGCACAAUCCUUGGUGUGCAGAAGUACAUCCCUGAUCAUCAGUGUUGAGGUGCUGGAACAUGUCCAGAGAAGGGCAACAAAGCUGGUGAGGGGCCUGGAGCACAAAUCCUAUGAGGAGAGGUUGAGGGAACUGGGCCUGUUUAGCCUGGAGAAGAGGAGGCUCAGGGGUGAUCUUAUUACUGUCUACAACUACCUGAAGGGAGGCUGUAGCCAGGUGGGGGGUGGCCUCUUCUCCCAGGUAACCAGCAAUAGAACAAGGGGACACAGUCUCAAGUUGUGCCAGGGUAGGUAUAGGCUGGAUAUUAGGAAGAAGUUCUUCACAGAGAGAGUGAUUUCCCAUUGGAAUGGGCUGCCCAGGGAGGUGGUGGAGGCACCGUCCCUGGGGGUCUUCAAGAAAAGACUGUGUGCCAUGGUCUGGUUGAUUGGAUAGGGCAGGGUGAUAGGUUGGACUGGAUGAUCUUGGAGGUCUCUUCCAACCUGGUUGAUUCUAUGAUUCUAUGCAGAGGGCAUGAGUGCUUGAGUAAGGAACAUGACAUCCAGUUAACAUCCAGGCUGGGGAAAAAGAUCUGUUAGCAUUAGUCAUUAGCAAAAAUGAAACUCCUUGUUUCUAAUUUCUUUCACCAGUUUGUAUUGGGCCUUGCACAGGAUGAGAAAAGAGGAGCUGAGCUUGCUGAUUAACUGUCUUGACAAAUUCUUGUAUUUGAUCACUCAGAUAUGCAUUUGCAAAAGAAGAAAAAAUUCCAUAUGCCUGGCAUAAAAGACUUGAGUUUCUCAAAGGAUGAUCACAACUGUAAAAAUUAUGUCCCCUUAAGAAGUCUGAUUGGAAAUGUAAGUUCUGAUUCCUUUUGAAAAGACAGGUCUUAACUUCUGUAUUUUGAUUAGAAAGAAUAGGAAUAGUCAGCUUCAUGCAGAGUACUUGAGAAGUAAAAUGCACUAUAAGAGGCCUGAUUUUAUUCUUCACUGUUAAGCAACAAAUGAGCUUUCUCAAUUUCAAUAAGGUUCUUCAUCUGACAUGACUGAAAUUUUGCAUGGCAUAAGCUGCUUACUGUGGCUCUCUGCCUUGCUCAGUGCUGAACACAGCACCUGGAAAUCAGCUGCAAGGGUCCAGUUGUGGGUGAUAGAGAGAGCUGUAUGUCCCAGAGACUCUCAGGCUGGACUUUGGCUGAGGACAGGACUGCCUGUAUGUCUGUAACUUCAAGACACACUUAAUUUAUCCACACAAAUAGGCAAUAUUUGUUUAUAUCGACCAUUGGUGCAUGUGAUGAAACCCUGCAUGAUGCUGAAUAAUGGCAGCUAAAAGUAUUUCUCCCAGCGACAGCAGGGGCCUGAGGCUUCCAUGGCUCAAGCCUUGACUGCUUGCAGCUGAAGCUCUCUACACUUCUUUACUGAUGUGCCUGGAAAGCUGCCCAGUAGAGAGACUUGGGGCUGCUGAUCAACAGCUGGUUGAACCUGAGCCAGCAGUGUGCUUAGGUGGCCAAGGCCAACAGCAUCUUGGCCUGUUUCACAAGCAGGACCAGGGAAGUGCUUGUUCCUCUGUACUCUGCACUAGUGAAGUCUUAUGAGGAGCAGCUGAUGGAACUGGGAUUGUUUAGUCUGGAUAAAAGGACACUGAGGGGAGACUUCCCACUCUUUACAACUCACUGAGAGGAGGCUGUAGCGGGAUGGGUGUUGGUGUCUUCUCCCUAGUAACAACUGAUGAGAAGAAAUGGCCUCUAAUUGCACCAGAGGAGAUUUUAGAUUGGAUGUUAGAAGGAAGUUCUUCACUGAAAUAGUUGUCAAACUCUGGCACAGGCUCUCCAGGGAGAUGUGUGAAUCCCCAUCCCUGGAGGUGUUCAAAAGGUACAGAAAUGUGGUGCAGAGGGACAUGGUUUACCAUCAGACCUGGCAGAGUUAAGUAAUGGUUGGACUUGACCUUAAAGGUCUUUUCUAAACCAAACAAUUCUGUGAUUCUAUGCCAGUCUGGCUAUUGCUGUUCCUUGUACAGCCUCUUUUCUCUUCUUUUUUUUCCUCAAGAGUUGCAAUCAAAGAAGAGAAAACAGUAAUUUUAGAAGGAUGUGUUGGGAAGUGCAGAGCAGACUCCAGUUCUGGGUAUGUAGUUACCAACUCACUCUCUGAUGAUCACACCAAUUUCUUGAAAUGGCUUCAGCUGCUCACAGGGGUUGAAUGGUCCUUCAGUAUUUCACUGCCCAACGAUGAUGUCUGUAGGCACUUUGGUAGUCUUACAGACAGACUGACUGGAACAGCUUGCUUGAAGUGAAAGCAGUAUCUGUCAUGGACCUGGGGAGCUGGAAUAAGCUUUCUACAGAAAAGGGUUUUCAAACAAGUGAUUGUGGAUAUCCUAAUUAAAGUUAUGGUGCUUCCACAUUACAUCCUCUAAAGAACCUUUACUACUUUUAACUUGUUCCUUCUUUAGUUGUAAACAUUUUAGCACUAAAUAUAGAUCCACUUAAGAUUUUUUUCUCAUGCACUAGUGUGAAUUUAAAACUUGCAUUUCCUUGGCUCCCCUCUGCCUAAGAAAUCACAUUUAGUUCCCUUUUACCAAAAACAGGUAUAAAGUCACAGACUGACUCUCACCUAAACUCUCACCUAUGCUCAUCUUCAUGCAAUGCUCCUGAAUAACUUAAGAUCCAAACCCACACCCUGCUUUUCCUGCUUUAGCACAUCUUUUGGGGAGUAACAGCAGCUUUCAAAUAUUUUAAGCUCCUCUUGAAAUGUUUUUUACUAAAGUGAGCUGUGCUGUGUUUUUUAAAUACAUGUAGACUGACAUUCAGAGGUAGAAUUACAAGGGAGGAAGUGUUGUAAAACCUCUUUCCCAUAUGUCUAUUUGAAGUGUCAAGUAUAUUUGCUUUGGCUUGGAGGGAAGCUUGCACUGUUAGCAGCAGCAGUCCUGACAAUGGAAUAGCAAGAAUCACAAAUGCCUCCACUACAGAGAUGCUCAGAAAGCAUUAAGUAGCCUUAAUUUGUCUCUACCCUUUAGUAAAUUUGUUCAGUCACUAAACAGGGAUUCUGGGGUCACACUAAGAGCUAUCCAUGGAUCCUUUUAAUACAGGAUUGUGUGCUGAUGUAGUAGCUACAAAGCCUAGAAUUUGGGACAGUUGUGAGAUGGUUGCUGGAGUAAGGCUGGGCAAGCUGUGAGGUGUGUGAGCAGCCUCAAAGUUAACAAAAAAUUAAGAUACUCAGAACCAUGUAACUAAGAGCUCUAUUAAGAAGGGCCCAUUUGUUGUCCCUCAUUCACCUGAGAGUGUCCAGCAAGAAGGAUUAAUCUAUUAUAUACCAGAAAAUCAGCCUUGUUUUAACAAAUUACUGUAAAUGACCAUAUAUCUAGUCAGAGAAAGCUGUGUCUACAUUAGUGCCACACGGAUGUGUUCUCUUCACUGUUCAGUUACUGAAGGUAAAUGUUUUGAAUCCAUUUCAGAGCAGAGUUGUUCAGAAGCUUCUGAAAGAAAUGCCAUCUGUAAUGACUGAUGGGUCCUUAAGUGUCAGUUUGGCAAGUUGUCCUACUGUAGCUGCAGAAAUACUUCGUGUAUGUUGUUGUAGAUUUAAAAAACAUGAUUCUUUCUCAUUCAGGUGUCUGCAUUUCUGACACAGAUGUGACAUAUCUGUAUAUAACUAUAAAUCAAUACUAUUUUUAACCACAUAUUUUGUACAAAUAUUCACAUUAGCUCUGUACUUCGGUGAAAAUCUACUAUGGUAUUAAACAUUUUGGUGGAAUUAGCAAA